GAUCCCCUCCAGUCCAUCACCGGUUCACGAGCUGAUACAGAGCAUCCUAGGCAAGAAGAGGAGAGACUCACCACCCGAGAGCAGCGGCAAUGGCGUCCUUCGGUUCUAUCGCGGUGGCGCUCGUGGUGUGCGCAAUGCUGCUGCAGACCUGCGUGGCCACGAGGAGGCUCCAGGCGCUGGUGCAGGAGCAGCCCAUCACCAUGAAGUACCACAAGGGAGCGCUCCUCUCCGGCCGCAUCGCCAUCAACCUCGUCUGGUACGGCAACUUCUCCGCGCCGCAGCGCGCCAUCGUCACCGACUUCGUCUCCUCGCUCGCCUCCGCGUCCGCGUCCCCGGCGCCGCAGCCGGAGCCGUCGGUGGCCACCUGGUUCAAGACGGCGCAGAAGUACUACGCCAGCUCCAAGGCCCGCUUCCCGGCGCUGGCCCUCGGCUCCCACGUCUUCGACCGGUCCUACUCCCUCGGCCGGCGGCUCCGGGAGCGUGACCUCGUCAGGCUGGCCGCGCGCGGCGGGCCCAGCCGCGCCAUCAACGUGGUGCUCACGGCCGACGACGUGGCCGUCGACGGCUUCUGCAUGAGCCGCUGCGGCUCCCACGGCGCCUCCCCGCGGUCCCGCGCCGGGCGGUUCGCGUACGUGUGGGUGGGCAACCCGGCGACGCAGUGCGCCGGGCAGUGUGCGUGGCCGUUCCACCAGCCGCAGUACGGCCCGCAGAUGGCACCCCUCGCGCCGCCCAACGGCGACGUCGGCGUCGACGGCAUGGUGGUGUCCCUCGCGUCCAUGGUCGUCGGCACCGUCACCAACCCCUUCGGCAACGGCUUCUUCCAGGGCCCCGCCGAGGCGCCGCUGGAGGCCGCCACGGCGUGCGCCGGUGUGUACGGCAAGGGGGCGUACCCCGGCUACGCCGGCUCACUGCUCGUCGACCCGGCCACCGGCGCCAGCUUCAACGCGAACGGAGCCCACGGCCGGAAGUACCUGGUCCCGGCGCUCGUCGACCCCGACACGUCCGCCUGCUCCACCUUGGGGUAGGCUCGCUCGUAGGCGACAUGAUGGUGUGUAGUUAUAGUUGCGGUGGCGUUGUUGCUGUGUGGAGAGUGUUCCACCUUCCACGCGCGUGCUAAUAUUAAUCUGUGUGCCUGUAGAGGCGUUGAGAUGAAAUUCUUUCAUUUGUUGAAUGAAAAAAAGUUUACUAUUAA